UUCACCAUGUUAUAGCAAUCAUUGCAGGCAUGUAGGAAUUCACCAUGUUAUAGUAAUCAGUGGCAUGUAGGAAUUCACCAUGUUAUAGUAAUCAGUGGUAGCUACAGGCAUGUAGGAAUUCACCAUGUUAUAGUAAUCAGUGCAGGCAUGUAGGAAUUCACCAUGUUAUAGUAAUCAGUGCAGGCAUGUAGGAAUUCACCAUGUUAUAGUAAUCAGUGGUAGGAAUUCACCAUGUUAUAGUAAUCAGUGGUAGCUACAGGCCGACAUUUUCCCAGAUGCCACCCUAAACCUAUGCAGGCAAAUUUCACCCGUACAUCACAAUAUUUCUGUACAUUUUCUUCCUCCACACCCUUAUAUACUGUAUAUCCAGAGCCUCAAGGCACACUUAUGGUUGAGUAUAUAGAGUAACAAGUACAGUGGGGGCCAAAAGCAGUGCCGGUUCAGAUCUUUUUUAAUUUUAUCUGACACCUCAGUCAGUACCGUUCAGUUAUAGUGGGCUACAGUGCAGUACCUUGUAUUUUCUGAUGAGCAUUUUCUUUUUCAUAACGUAGCCAGUCUCCCAUAUUCAAAAAUGGAACAUGUGAUUAUAUUUCACGAGUAUACCGUGACAGGGAAAGGCUGGCAAGCAAGCCGCAGAUGAAUCAGGGGAUUCACUUCCCUGUUUGGUUGGCCUAGGCACACGCACUGGAGAGAUGCCAUGGUAAUACAGCUUCAUGCACCCGACAGGAAGUGAAUCCAGUCUGUGGCUUGCUUGCCAGCCCUUCCCAGUCACGGUACUUCGUAAAGUCAGUGCCGAUUCUAGAGAUUUUUUGACAAGGGUGGCCCUAGUGGGGCUUUGAUUAAUUCAAGGGUGGCAUCUACUGUAGAUAAACAGAAACAGGCUCAAAUUGUUCAAUUAGCACACAUGCAUGAGUAAAACCAUGCACCAAACACCACACUCAUAAAUUGAAGGACACAGAGGCACAAACACAUCAAAUUUCCUUGUAUUUGGAUAAAAUGCAAGUACAAAUAAACAAACAUGUUAAAGUUAAUUAUCUAUGUAACGGAUGCCAGCUAGUUAGUUGAGCUGACGCCUCAAGAGCGCUGCUGGCAUGAAAGCUAGUAGCCUGGGCUUUUAGCUGGAUUGUUAUCGCGCUCGACCCCCGAUCCGAGGUGCUGCUGUUUCGCGGGUUUGAGUCCGGGCGUGUGUAGGGCUGGACCGUGGUGGUUCCACACAUCGCAGGUUAAGUAUACGUUGUCUAUCACUGGGUUAUGCUUUGCUACAUAGACUCCCUCAUGGGGACAUUAACAUAUAUUCUGUUCUAUUCUAUUCUAUUCUAUUAUAUUACUGUAAAAGUAAACUCUGGUAAAGUGAUUGCUAAUGAUCACUACUUGAGUACAAUCCAAAGAAUGUGCAUAAUUGGAGCAACAGAGGAAGCUUUGUUUUCUCAUCAGUCAGUGCCUGUGCUUGUUGUUAACAGCAGUAAUUAUGGGAAACAAACAGGGAAAGCAACCUGUUGAGGAAGAGGAAGAGGAAGAAAGACAGCCUCCCACUGACCCUUGCUGAAGCUAAAAGUUGUAUCGCCAGACUCACAGAAUGGCUGGAUGAACGGGAACAAGAAGGAAGGUUUCCAUGAUGAAUAAAGUGAGGAAUCUGAGCAUCAGCAACCCAGAGGUCAGGCACUUGCGUAUCCUGGUGCUUGGUCCAGUCGGAGUGGGAAAGUCCAGCUUCAUUAACUCCAUCGACAGCAUCUUUCAGGGUCGCAUGGCUCAAGCAGCUUUAGCUGAUGCUUUGUCUUCUGCGAGCUUCACUAAGAUGUUCAACUCAAAUAAGAUUAAAGCUGGGAAUGCUGAGAAGUUCCUCCCGUUCAUCAUCAAUGACAUCAUGGGUCUGGAGAACACAGAUGCAGCUGGAGCCCAUGUUGAAGACCUCAAGAUGGCGCUAGAGGGCCGUCUCAAAGAUGGCUAUACUUUUAACCCUGAAUGCCCUCUGAAAGAAGGAGACGCAUACUACAACAAGAGCCCGACUCUGGCUGAUAAGGUCCACUGCCUCGUCAGUGUGCUACCGGCAGACAGAAUUGGAUUAAUGGGUGAUCAACAUGUCCAUAAUGUCAUCACCAAACUUCAGGAUAUCAGAGAGAAAGCUACUCAACUGAGAAUCCCACAAGUAAUUCUGAUGACAAAUGUGGAUGUUGCCUGUCCUGAGAUCCAAAAAGAUGUGAAGAUGAUCUACAGAGACAAGAAGAUCAAAGAGAAGAUGCAGGAGUGCAGUAACAAGUUGGGUGUCCCCAUGAACUGCAUCUUCCCAGUUAAGAACUACCAUGAGGAGAUUGAGCUGAAUGAUGACGUGGACAUACUGCUCCUCUCUGCUCUCUCAAACAUUUUGAACUUUGCUAAUGACCAUGUGGCUGAACAUCUUAAUAAAAAGAAGUGAAG